UCAAACAUUCUCCUACUAUUAUAUGCCUUUCUAGGGCUCAUAUUUGAUAGAUCGAUUUGCCUGGGCGUCAGGCUUCCAGUAUCCGCCGUGCCUCUCUCUAUGUGCUUCUGACACAGUUUCCUUUUUGUCCGUCAGCUCUCCGGCGAUACUCCGACGAGAUUUGAAAUGCAGGUAUCCUAAUUGAAUUAAUUUCUUCGGGAGUUCACACAAUUGGUCUUCUAGAACUCUAUUGAAUAUGGCUGCUUCAGAAGAAAACAGUGCGCUCUUUCCAAUAUUCAUCUUGACUAUAAUAGCUCUGCCAUUAGUACCUUACACAAUAGUCAAGUUAUUCUCUGCUGCAUCUAAAAAGACAAAGAGCAUACACUGUGAGUGUUCGGUUUGCUUUCGCUCUGGGAAGUACCGCAAAUCCAUAUUUAAACGUUUAUCGAACUUUUCAACAUGUAGCAACUUAUCGCUUGUGCUGCUUUGGGUCGUCAUGGCAGUCUUGGUUUAUUACAUCAAACAUAUUAGCCAUGAGAUCCAAGUGUUUGAGCCAUUCAGUAUUCUUGGAUUAGAACCUGGAGUUUCGGACUCAGAAAUAAAGAAGGCAUAUAGGAGACUUUCCAUCCAAUACCAUCCCGAUAAAAAUCCAGAUCCAGAGGCCCACACAUAUUUUGUGGAAUACAUAUCAAAGGCUUAUCAGGCUCUGACAGAUCCAGUAUCACGAGAGAACUUUGAGAAAUAUGGACAUCCAGAUGGCAGGCAGGGGCUUCAAAUGGGAAUAGCUCUUCCUCAGUUUCUGCUGAACAUUGAUGGAGCAUCUGGCGGUGUACUAUUACUCGGGAUUGUUGGAGUUUGUAUUCUUUUGCCCUUGAUGAUGGCUGUUAUAUAUUUGUCAAGGUCUUCAAAAUAUACUGGAAAUUAUGUCAUGCAUCAGACGAUGUCCACAUAUUACUACUUAAUGAAGCCUUCUUUAGCGCCAAGCAAGGUCAUGGAUGUUUUCAUAAAGGGUGCAGAAUAUGUGGAAAUUCCUGUUCGCCGGAGUGAUGAGGAACCCCUUCAGAAGCUUUUUUUGUUAGUCAGGAGUGAGUUAAACUUGGACCUAAAAAACAUAAAGCAAGAGCAAGCUAAGUUUUGGAAGCAGCAUCCAGCCAUAGUUAAGACGGAAUUGUUGAUUCAAGCGCAAUUGACCCGUGAGUCAGGAGCAUUAUCUCCGGCUUUGCUGCGUGAUUUUAGACGCAUGCUUGAACUAGCACCUCGCCUUCUUGAUGAACUAAUGAAGAUGGCAAUUAUACCACGCACUCAGCAAGGACAUGGAUGGUUGAGGCCUGCCAUCGGAGUGGUUGAGCUUUCUCAAAGUAUAAUUCAGGCAGUUCCACUCAGUGCACGAAAAGCAUCUGGGGUGUCCAGUGAAGGAAUUGCUCCCUUUCUGCAGUUGCCACACUUCAGUGAGGCUGUUGUCAAGAAGAUUGCACGAAAGAAAGUGAGGACAUUUCAAGACCUUCGAGACAUGACCCCACAGGAUCGUGCUGAACUGCUGACUCAAGUUGCCAGUUUCUCUUCUGCUGAAUCCCAAGACGUAGAAAUUGUUCUUGAAAUGAUGCCUUCCAUAACAAUCGAUGUCACUUGUGAGACGGAAGGCGAAGAGGGAAUUCAAGAGGGCGACAUCGUAACAAUGCACGCUUGGGUCACACUCCAACGUGGGAAUGGCCUGAUUGGUGCCCUUCCACACGCGCCCUACUUCCCCUUCCCCAAGGAAGAAAAUUUCUGGCUCCUACUUGCAGACUCGGUCUCCAAUGAUGUAUGGAUGUUUCAGAAGGUUAACUUCAUGGACGAAGCUACGGCUAUAAUCGCUGCAUCGAAAGCAAUUCAAGAGUCGAAGGAAGGGUCUGGGGCUAGCUUGAAGGAGAUAAGUUUGGCUGUUAAAGAAGCAAUUGAGAAGGUGAAGAACGGGUCAAGACUGGUAAUGGGCAAGUUUCAGGCCCCGGCUGAGGGAAACUACAGCCUGACAUGUUUCUGUUUGUGUGACUCUUGGAUUGGCUGUGACAAGAAGACAAGCUUGAAGGUGAAAGUUUUGAAACGGAGCCGAGCGGGCACAAGGGGUGGUGCCGUGGUAGAAGAGGGACCGUCAGUCGAGGAUGGGGUUGAGGAGGAAGAGGAGGAAGAGGAAGAGGAAUACGAUGAUUAUGAGAGCGAAUACAGUGAGGAUGAAGAGGAUGUAAAAGAUGUGAAGAGUAAAGGAGCUGUGGCCAAUGGCACUGCCCAUGGUAAAGAAAAUGGCUCGAGCUCGGACAGUUCAGGCGUCGAGGACGAGUAAAAGCAUCAUUUAUUUUUUGUUUUCUUAUGUUCAUUUUUGAGAGAGAGAGAGAUGGGAUGAGUGAGGGCUGAACUUUCAUAUUGCACCCAUCCAAUGAUAGUUACAUACGUUGCUGAAUUUUCAAUUUACAUGAAUAAGAUAUAUGCGUAGUUAUAUAUGCUCGAGGGCUUAAAAUAAAUAGGGUCAAAUUUCGACUUAAUUCAUUGUGAUUUGGUCUAUAUGUGAAUCCCUGUGGUUUGUGGACUAUUUAAAAAGUUUUAUGCCUUCUGCU